AUGGCCGAUACCGAAGCAACCAAGCCCACUGUUGACGCUACCGAGCAGGCUGGCUCCGCCGCUGCAACCGAAGAGGCCGAGAACGACCCUCACUUUGAGCCCGUCAUCAAGCUCGAAAACCAAGUCGAAGUCAAGACGCACGAAGAAGAUGAAGAGGUGACGUUCAAGAUGCGAGCCAAACUCUUCCGAUUCGACAAGGACGCCAAGGAGUGGAAGGAGCGCGGAACCGGCGACGUGCGACUGCUCGAACACAAGCAGACGCACAAGGUACGACUCGUCAUGCGUCGAGACAAGACGCUCAAGGUGUGCGCCAACCACUACGUCACCAGCGACAUGAAGCUCAGCCCCAACGUCGGAUCCGACCGCUCGUGGGUGUACAACGUCGCCGCCGAUGUCGCCGACGGAGAGGCCACCGCUGAGACCCUGGCCAUCCGUUUCGCCAACUCGGAGAACGCAAAUGGCUUCAAGGAGGCCUUUGAGCAGGCACAGAAGAAGAACGCAGGUGGAAGCAAGUCAGAGGCACCAGCACCGGUGGUCGACGAGAAGAAGGAGGACGACAAGCCCGCUGCUGCCGCCGCAGAGGACAAGAAGGAGGAGGAUGCCAAGAAGGAGUAA